GUUGUGCUGAAUGAACGUUUCCGUGGACCUGUAGAAGCUAAUAAAGCGAUGCUUAUCGGAGUGAUUGUACAUGAAUUAUUCCAGGCUGCCAUUCGUUGUCCGAGCCCAGCAAUGGUGACUAGCGAUUGGCUCUUGAAACAGUGGAGAGACUGCUUGUAUGACGAAGUCCUGGGAGAACUUGCGGCCCUACGUCUCACGCCUUCGCAAGUCGAGACCGAGUUGAUGCCGUAUGUCGAUGUGGUGGUAAACUGGGUCCAAAGUAAUAUCCCAGGCGGAUCCUCUUAUCCUUCGAAUAACGCUGCGUAUCAAAUUACAAAGGUUCAUGACAUCGAAGAGAAUAUCUGGGAUCCUCAACUGGGCAUCAAGGGCAAGAUCGAUGUGACUUUAGAGACAAAGACUAAUGGAAAGAUCCAACAGCGACCGCUUGAGUUGAAAACUGGCAAGAGCGCACCUUCAUCUGAUCAUGCAGCGCAGAGCCAAGGACUGAUCCGCGAUUUUGUGGAAAAUGUGAUCAGGCUUCUAUCUGCUCUUUUUAUCAGGUUGCGAUGGAACCCGCGGGCAGAUCUUCCAAGUUGA